CACCUGCUUUUUAAAAUACUUGCAGAGUUCUUGAUCAAACUGCAGGAUUUUUACAAGGUGGAGUUCAGCUGAGACUGUCUUUGGCUGUCCAUAAACUGUGAAACAGAAGGAUGCAGAAGACUAUCCCCUGCAUUUUUGUCCAUGAGUGAUAAGAGCACAAGAUCAUUAAUACAAGACUGCUGCAAAGAUGAGUUCAGAGGAGAAGAGUAUAUCUCCAGCUCACAAAACAUCCACUCCAUCACAUAGAAGUGCCUCCUCCUCAUCAUCGUCUCAGAGAGACAGGAGGCAGAGUGUUCAUAUUUUGGAGCGAAAGGCUUCUUCAGGAAGCACAGACCCUUCUUUAAGCAAGCAGUUCCUUGAAAGUGAUCAUCUCUCUCUAUCCAAGGAGCCUGACAGCUGGGAAAUCAUAGAGGGUCUGAAAAUAGGCCAGACCAAUGUGCAGAAGCCAGACAAACAUGAGGGUUUCAUGCUGAAGAAGAGAAAAUGGCCAUUAAAAGGUUGGCACAAGAGAUUUUUUGUCCUGGAUAAUGGAAUGUUGAAAUAUUCAAAGUCACCAAUUGAUAUACAGAAAGGAAAGGUCCAUGGGAGCAUUGAUGUUGGUUUAUCAGUCAUGUCUAUAAAAAAAAAGGCUCGUAGGAUAGAUCUUGACACAGAAGAACAUAUCUAUCACCUAAAGGUGAAAUCACAGGAUUCGUUUGAUGCAUGGGUUUCAAAGUUGCGGCACCACCGGUUGUACCGUCAGAAUGAGAUUGUGAGGUCUCCCAGGGAUGCCAGCUUCCACAUAUUCCCCUCAGCAUCUACUACAGAGUCUUCACCAGCUGCCAAUGUGUCAGAUGGAAAGGUGCAACAAAAUAACUUCCCCUGGCAGCCUCCUAUACCUUGCAGUAACAGCCUUCCUGUCACCUGCACUACUGGUCAGAGUAAAGUAGCAGCCUGGUUGCAGGACUCUGAAGAGAUGGACAGAUGUGCAGAAGAUCUUGCUCAUUGUCAGUCUAACCUUGUGGAGCUCAGUAAACUUCUUCAAAAUUUAGAAAUACUACAGAGGACUCAGUCAGCACCAAAUUUCACAGACAUGCAGGCUAACUGUGUAGAUAUUUCAAAGAAAGACAAGCGGGUCACGAGACGAUGGAGAACAAAAAGUGUCAGCAAAGAUGCAAAAAUUCAACUUCAGGAAGGGCCGGCACCGAAGGGCCAGUUCAGCACAACACGACGCCGGCAGAGACUGGCAGCUGCCGUGGCUACAACAGUCCCUUUCAGUGCUACGAUGUCACCUGUUCGAUUGCAUUCAUCCAACCCCAACCUCUGUGCAGACAUUGAGUUUCAGGCUCCCCCAAGCCAUGUGGCAGACCCUCUGGAGUGCUCUACUGAGUACAUGAAGCUUCAAGAAGAAUUCUGCUUGAUGGCACAAAAAGUGCAUUCUCUUUUGAAGUCUGCCUUUAACAGCAUAGCUAUAGAGAAGGAGAAGCUUAAACAGAUUGUUUCGGAGCAGGAUCUUACAGGCCACAAUGCUCAAAUAGCUCACCUCAGACAGUCCCUCUCUCAGGCUCUCAACCAGAAUGCUGAACUAAGGAGUCGCUUGAACAGAAUACAUUCAGAAUCUGUUAUUUGUGAUCAGGUUGUCAGUGUAAAUAUUAUUCCUAGUCCUGAUGAGACAGGUGAACAAAUUCAUGUCAGUUUGCCACUGUCUCAGCAAGUUUCUAAUGAAAGCAGGCUCUCUAUGUCUGAAUCUGUUUCAGAGUUCUUUGAUGCACAGGAAGUGCUUCUGUCUGCCAGCUCGUCAGAAAACGAGGCUUCUGAUGAUGAAUCUUAUAUCAGUGAUGUGAGUGACAAUAUAUCUGAGGACAACACCAGUGUUGCAGACAACAUUUCUCGGCAAAUUCUUAAUGGUGAGCUGACAGGAGGCGCGUUCAGAAAUGGACGGAGGACUUGUCUCCCAGCUCCCAGCCCUGACACCAGUAACAUCAAUCUGUGGAAUAUUUUGAGAAAUAACAUUGGCAAAGAUCUUUCCAAAGUAUCCAUGCCAGUUGAGCUAAAUGAACCUCUGAAUACCUUGCAACAUCUUUGUGAAGAGCUGGAAUACAGUGAACUCUUGGACAAGGCUGCUGAAACAGAUGAUCCUUAUGAGCGCAUGGUUCUCAUAGCUGCCUUUGCAGCAUCAGGCUAUGCCUCUACAUACUUUAGAGCGGGAAGCAAGCCAUUUAACCCUGUGCUUGGUGAAACUUAUGAAUGUAUUAGAGAAGACAAAGGAUUUCGAUUUUUCUCAGAGCAGGUUAGCCACCAUCCUCCCAUUUCGGCCUGUCACUGUGAAUCGAAAAACUUUGUGUUUUGGCAAGAUAUCAGGUGGAAAAACAAAUUCUGGGGGAAAUCAAUGGAAAUUCUGCCUGUUGGAACCUUGAAUGUGACUCUUCCAAAGUACGGAGAUUACUAUGUCUGGAACAAAGUCACUACUUGUAUACAUAAUAUUCUUAGUGGAAGGAGAUGGAUAGAACACUACGGAGAGAUAACUAUCAGAAACACAAAAAGCAGUGUUUGUAUUUGUAAACUCACUUUUGUCAAGGUGAACUACUGGAAUUCCAAUGUAAAUGAGGUCCAGGGUGUUGUGAUAGAUCAAGAAGGGAAGGUGGUUCACCGCCUUUUUGGAAAGUGGCACGAAGGCCUCUACUGUGGGGUUGCACCUUCAGCCAAAUGCAUAUGGAGGCCAGGCUCCAUGCCAACCAAUUAUGAGCGUUAUUACGGCUUCACAAGGUUUGCUAUUGAGCUCAAUGAAUUAGAUCCUUUACUGAAAGAUCUUCUUCCUGCAACAGAUGCACGAUUCAGGCCAGAUCAAAGGCUUCUGGAGGAAGGAAAUAUAGAAGCAGCAGCAUCUGAGAAACAAAGAAUAGAGGAACUCCAGAGAGCUCGGAGGCGGUACAUGGAAGAAAACGGCAUUGAAUAUGUACCCAAGUUUUUUAAAAAAGUAAUUGACGCUAAUCAAAGAGAAGCCUGGGUUACCAAUGAAACCUACUGGGAACUGCGAAAGGAUCCUGGCUUUAGUAAAGUAGACAUUCCUGUACUCUGGUGAACUGAGAAUGUAGACCUAGUAAACAUAUCACUCUGAAGAAAAAAAAUAACUAUGCACAAUAUGUUUCUUAUAGCUAAGCGUGGUUUGUGGGUCUACGGAAAAACCAUAUCAUAUGCAUUUAUAUUCAUCUUUAUAAUGGACUUUUGGAAGUGCAUUAGACCAGGCCCCUGACCACUUCUGGAUCUUUCUAAUUUUGCAGCAGCCAUCAAAACUAAAAAAUAAAAAAAAAAAGAAAAAAAAGGAAACAGAACCCUUUUGAAGUUUCAUACGCCGAAAAUUCAGAAAUAAAGAAGCAGAUGAAGUAUCCAAAGUCACUCGGAAGAGGUGGUAAGCGCAAAACUGCAACCGGUGCUUUAAACAGACAUUAAGAGUAAUACAAUUUAAAGUAAAAAAAAAAAAGAAAAAAUAGAAAAAAGUUCCAUUUUGUUUCAACUAUUUUUGUUAAAAACUCUUGGGUCACAACACUGUCAUUUCUGGCUUCAGGUUAGUCCUUUGGUGUGAUAUGCUUGGACUGGCCUUUGUCAAAAAGAUGCUUUUCUGGAAGCUGUUCCCAUUCAUAUGCCAUUGUUCAUGCCUUAACAAAAUAUGAAGAUGUACAUUAAGUAAUUUUAAAAUAUCUAUGCUUAGGCUUGUGUGAAGGGCAGAUUUUUAAAGCUCUAGAAUUUUAUCACAAUAUAAAUACUGGAAGACCUGCUUUAUUUGAAAUCAAAAGAUAACCAAACAUCCAACUGCAUUUCAGAGGUAUGAGACCUAGUGCACAUGCUUUAGCUUUGGGAUGCUGACUGUAUAAUCAGACUGAAAAGAAACUGCUAGCUGGUUGAAUUUCAGUUUUGGUAAAUGCAUAUGAGUUGCUAGUCAGAAAGUUCAUAUUCUAAAUGACUGAUGCUGAGAUGCAGUCAUCACAUUUAGUACUGCCUGGACACAGAUCUCUCAGUGAAUCUCAUUUUCCCCUAACUGUUUAUACAAUUAGAAAUCCCUGAAGCUUUGCAACAGUGUUAAAAGCACAGAAGGAUUUCAUGUGAAGGUCUCUGGCUUCUCUCCAGAAGCUGGAUAGUACUGUAAAUGCAACUGUUUUCUGCCACACACUAUGUUUAUUUUCCUGGCUCUGUUUUUUCCCCAUCCACUUUUCUUAUCUAAAAUUAUGUUGUAGAGUAUGGCAGAGGUUCCCAUGUGUUAUAGCUAACAACUUCUACUUGUGUUGCCAAAACAGCUCUUGUGCAAAAUAUACUUUACAUUUUUUCAUAAAAUGGUUCUAUAUUUUUUGAUUUUAAAAAGUCUCUUAUGUGUCGCUAAGCCUCAGUUAAUAUAAGUGGGAGAAGACUUGGCACUUUCUAUUUGAAAAUCUCUGAAACAUUAAACAAUAGGAGGGCAGAUCUUAAUAAAAGAAACAAACAGUAAUUUGUUAGAUAAGAGCUACAUUCCAUAUGGUAUGAUCUAGUCUUCCAUUUGUGCAUGUGUUACACAUCCCACCACUGGUGAUGGGUUAGAUUUCAUGCACAGACUCUGUAUUCCUUUCUGCACAUACAUAACAUAUGAUUUUUCUAUUUGAGAUUCCAGUCCUGAGACCAAAAAUAAAAUUACUAGAUAGGUAUUUGGUCUGCCAGCAGAGCUGCUUGAACAGUUGUCAGUGCAUUACCACACACCCCCAGCUCUCAGCCUGCUUCUUCCUUUUUCCGAGUCAGGUCCCCAUACAACUGAGAUUACUUUGGUGAUUUAAGAUAAAUUUAGACCUCCCUGUUAAUGGUAUAGCAAAGUAACUAGCAGGGCAACUAGCUGUUAAUCAGUUCCAAUUUCUUCACACACUUCUGUUAUCAGAAAGAACUAUGAAAACCUACAGAAAAUAUUAAGUAGACUUUUUAUGAAUUGAGACUGCACGUGAAUUUUUAAAAAAAAUUUGGUAUAAAAAUCCCUAUGUAGAUUAAUGGGAUUUCUUCCAAAGAAAAUUUUAAGUUAUUCAAAGAAUGUUAUCUUUCUCUUUCCUAGUUGAACCUAGUCUGAUUUAUUCUUUAGUUCUGCAAUUGUUAUUAUAAGAAAAUGAAAAUAUAUCAAAAGAAAGUUGAUUUUUUAAAUAAUAUUUAGUUAAGGUCAUCCUGCUUGCUUUAACAAUAUUACACUAGGAAUCAAAUUGGCACAUUGUGUGUAAAAUAGCAAUUAAUUAUUCUAUGUAGUUUUCUUUAAAGCCAACUCUAUUAAACAUUUGCCCAUCCUUUGCUCC